CAAUACAAGUACAAGAUCAGAUAUACAAUUUUCAACAUUCAAUUUAGGCUUCAUUGCGGACAUAAUUAUUGUUAGUGUUAGCUUAACCAACCAGUGUUUAUAAAAUGUCACCACUAACAGGUAAGUUUUAAUUUAAUUCUAUGUAUUUUUUUUCACUUUUAAAAUAUAUUGAUUAAUGUUGAAGUCUAUUUAAUUAAUUUAAUGUACUAAAUUGAUAAUUAUUUUUCUUUGACUUUCAACCUGCUUUUACUCGGCUAACUCGGCUCUCUAAAUUAUUAUAGUUUAAUAGUUCAAUAAGUCUUUUAAAUUUCCAAAAAAAUAGCAAGUGACCCUCCAAAUAUAAUACUAGUUUGUAUUUUGAAGCAUUUAUUAUUUAGGCAGUUCACCUAUUUUCACAAAAUAAAAUCUUUGAAAAUUUUAAUGAAUUUAAUGGGUUGCGCCAGGUUGGAGUUUGCACUCGUCACACAUUAACUGGAUCAAAUUCACUAACAAUAUGUGACAAUGACGAAAUAUUUGUUAUACAUUUUCAUAAUCAAAAAGAGAAUAAUUUAAUUUAUUUAAGAAAGCAUUUAUAAUAAUUUUAUAGUAUUUAUAGUAUAGGGAUGUUCUUCAAUACUAAUACUACAUAAUUAUAAUAGAAUGAAUGCCCUUUGAAUAAAAAAUAAUAUCGGAAAUUCAAGUUUUAAAAAUAGAAUAAAUGAUGUCAGAAUCGGCAAUUCCUAUUAUUGCAAAAAAAGGGCGCGGGGGAGGGGUGCCAAAGAUUUCAGGUUAUUCCCCUUGACCCGCACAGCAGGGGUUCUCAAACAAGGGUGCCCACAUCCAAUGGGGUGCGGAAAGCAGUUCCGGGGUGUUAAACGUCUCAGAAAAUCGGAAUAAUUUGCAUUUUUAUUUUGAAAACAAAACAAACCCAGAUGAUUUAAUUUUUUUAAUACUUUUUUCUAUUUGCAGGCGAAUCUAUCCAACUCUGCGAAACAGAAACCAAGAUGAAAUCUGAAAAGAUCAUCUAUAACGGCAACGCCAACGUGUGGGCCCAGCACGAUUCUCAGUUGGAGUGCAACAACAUCGAGGACAAUCUGAAAGCACAACAUUGUAACCACGCGGACUGUAUAAAAGAGUUUAAACCAUCUUCAAGCCAGAAACUGGGAGAUGGUUUUCCUGAUUCAAAAGUUCAGGACCAAACUGGGGGCGCCCGGCCUAAAACUACUUCAGUUCACGGAAACAAGAAAUCUGUCAGAUGGGCCGAAGAUCUGGCAGCAACAGUUGAAGUCCAGGAAGUGACCGUUGAGGACGAGGAGACGAAGCAAAUUUCUAAUCUCCUCAACUGUUUGAGGGAACAAAGAACAUUCUUCAAGUCACCGGCUUUCGAAGCCGUCAGCUGGAUGUAUGAUCGUGAUGAGAACAUGACUCUGAAAUCUGAGCUGGCGUACAUCCUGCUGCGCCUGAAACAUGAUCGCGAGCCGACUGUACGAGAGAUGAUGGGGGUUAUUGACAGUGAGCCCGAGAUGGAUGCACACGACCUCGUUGGUGCUAUUGUGGAUGAAUGUGAAGGUCAAGGCGGUGCCUCAUUCCUUGAGUCAUUUCUUCUAAAAAACAACAUUUCAGAGAAACAAAAGUGUCUUCAUCGUGAUCACUUACAAGAAGAGUUAAACACUGAGGAUGAAGUGGAAAAAAAAGCUUUUGAAAUUCCGAAACUGACCAAGGAGGAACAGAGUCAGAUACUCAAAGUGGAAGCAUUGAAAAUAGAACAAACAUUUUUGAAAAACUCCCUCUCCUGCAGACAGUGUAAAGAACGACCUGUUAACACAACAUUUUUACCCUGUGGUCAUGUAGUUUUAUGUUCUGAGUGUUCAGAGUCUUGCUAUACUUGCCCUCUCUGUAAGCAGCAAGUUUUAGGUGAGGUAAAGACAUAUCUCUGCUGAGAUUAUCUUUUGCUUCUACGUCUAGCCAUGAAACCCCAAUCAUGGCACCCUGGCCUAGAGCUAUGGCACCGUGGCCUAGAGCUAAAGCUGGUUUUCAGGCCAAAUUUAGGGUUAACAUCUUCCUCAACAUUGAUCUGGGGUAGAUGACAAGUCAACCAGGCCCUAAUCCACACCGCAAUGACAUAUGUUAUGACAAUAAAGCUCCCUUUAAAAUUCAAAUUCUUUCACAAAAUGUAAAAUGUUUAACAUCAUGCCUAUCCGUUAGGCCCAUUAAAGUGAAGAAGAAAGUUGAGCACAUAACAGUCACAUAAUGCAAAAUCCGAUUCUCUGGCAUCUUUAUGUGUUCCUGUAUGUAAUAGUUACACAAAAAGAGAUUUUUAUAAGCUGAGAUGACGUGAAUACUCAGCAUGAGAGAAUGAUGUAUCUUUUGUUGUAGAAAAUUAUUACAGAUUAAGCUUAUUAAAAUUUCCAAAUGUUUAUCCAAUUUGUUUACCAUAAUAAGUAUUAAUAAAUUUGACACCAAAGAAUUUAAAAUGUAUUAGAAAAUUUAUUUCACUUUAGAAUAAACACAUUUUGCUAUAGAUACCAACUGCUGGACAGUCUGUGGGCAUGUGAAUUUGUUAAUGUACUCUAUGUUAGGCUGAGACCCCAUAAAAACAUCAAGUUUUUUAAAUUGCAUUUGUGACUCCACAACAUGCCUGGCUGAAGCAUGAAACUCUCUCGCCCCAGAGAUUAUAAUUAUUUCUUCUAGAUUUUCUUUUGUUAUUCCAGCACCUAAGGAUAAAAAUAGAAACUUGAAUUCAUUUUAAAUGCCAUUAUUACUCUGUUUAUUAUUUAUACUUUAUUUGAUGAGAUUAUUAUUUUAUUUUGUUUACAUGCAAUUGCAUUUCAUUAAAUAAUUAAAGAAAUAUAAUUUGUUUAAAAGUCAUGUGUUCAUAUCGUUAUUGUGUGUGUGGUUGUUUAUAAUAAUCUCAAAGUUGGUAAUGCUGCCUGUGCCCACCGUGAAUUAGUUCAUUGGAUCUUUAUCCCUUGGAUUCUGGGCAAUGACUUGCAGUGCUAAAUUAAUUUGGAUGUGCCACCUCUGCCCACCAUGUAUUAAUUGGAUCUUUAUCCCUUGGAUUCUGGGCAAUAACUUGCAGUGGUAAAUUAAGCUGAAUGUGCAAGCCAAAAAUACCAACUUUUUUUCAUCAUAUUUGCAUAAUAGAAAAAUAAUUAUAACUAAGACAUACAUUAUGAUACAUUCUAACAUGUGGGAUCAAAACUUGUAUACAAACUAUAUAUUAAUCUGUACAAAAACAUAAAAAACAUGUACACAAAAAAAAAAAUGAAAGUUAAAAAAAAAAAGUAUCAUUAAUAAUUUCAAUACAUUGUCACUCAGUGAUUCACUGUUUAAGAAAUGCUUGAAAUCCAAAACAAGUGGCAGUGUAUAUUUUACACUGAAAUUGAUGUGAUAAUUUGACCAUUAAGUCUAUUUCUGCAAUCAGUUUGGAUUUUAUUUAGCAUUGAGAAUAUUCAUCAUUCAAAACCUGCACUAUUGUGAGCCUUGGUCAGCAAAAGUUUAAUAACGCUGCAGAGAUGAGGCAAUCUCAGCUUGCCACAGAUUGUUGCCUGGCACGAUGCCAAGAGCUUGUAAAAAUUUGGUUCAACUUUUGAAGUUGGAAGACUUGAUAAUUAAACAAAAAUCAAAGUAUUGCUUUAAAAUUUCUUGCUCAAGAUCGCAUGCAUAAGUGUGUCACCCGACAGAUUACUGCAAUUGCUGUUGUGUCCUCAAAUCUGGAAUAUAGGACUUUAUAUCAUUCAGUAUUUUGUUGCAAAGGGAUUUUUUUUACUUUGCAGGUCUAAUUUCAAAAUAUUAUUUUCUUUUUAAAUUGGGUUCAACCUUUUAAUUUGAAGUUCAAGCUGGAAUAGAAUCAUCAGUACUAAAAAAGGGAGAUAAUUUACAAUUCUUUGUCAACUCCAAGUAAGGUAAACAACAAAAGGAAACUAUUGCAACCACUUUAGUCUUAGAAAGUGAUGGUGAUGAAAGGUUACAUUAAAUCCUACCCUUACAGACCCAAUGACUAAUGCCAUUGUUAUUGAUAAUACUUAUUAUUGGCUACGACAAUUUGCACCCGGGUCCCUUUAGACUCAAUGCUAUUCGGAUGUCAUUUGUGGUAGUUUAUUUAAGUUAAACUAAAGAAUUAAGUUUACAAGCAUAUAGUCCAUUCAAUUAUCUUUCAGUUGAUACCUCAUUUCGUCUUACAACCCCAACAAUAAUAUUUUAAAUAGUUUUUUAAUCCCAACCUCUCACUUCUGGUACAGAAAUGAAAAUAAUCCUUAUUGGUACUGUAGAUUUUAGAAGAAUUACAUAAACAGAUUUGUAUUUAUUGUUAACUCUAAACUGAAAUUUUCUUAUAGUUACUAUCAUACUACCAUGCUGUCUAAUCAUGGCUGAUUUCCACCUAGAUAUAUUCAUCAACACUGGUCAAUGAUGGGCUAAACCCAGAUCCUAUAUUUAGACUUUACUUCAUAGAUAGCCCACCCAUCCCAGAGAUCAAUAUAAAUUGACAAAUAGCAUUUGACCAACCAUGAAUUUCUUUUAAGAAGUAAACAAAGGUUUCAAUUGCAACUUCCAUUUUGAAUGUGUUCAGUUUUUGGGUCUAAAUCCAGUGAAAACUGGAAAGAAAAUGUGUAUGGCCGUACAAAUUCUAAAACCUUGUACAUAGUACAGGUAAACUAUAUCACUUGACAUGCAUGAGUAAGGGCUAAAUGAGCAAGCUAAUGCAAUGAUCUGCAAGAUUAUUAAUUCAGUUAGCAAAUGAGACAGUUAUAUAUCCUUUGCCCUCAUGAGAUGGAGCCUUUUUUGGACUAUCGGUGCCAAGGAUAUGGAGCUCUUUCUACAAGCCUUGCAUUUUCUUUGCAUAAUAUUUGUUAAGAAAUAAACCUAUUACUUUACAAAUAUAAAACUACAUGUAUUCUUGUAGGGAAUUGAAUUAACUAAUUUGAUCUUUAUGAAUCAACUGAGGUCUCAAUAUUUAUGCAUAUGAGAUUGCCUGAUUUGAAUAAUUUAUUCAUGCAAUUUUUAUUUACACUUAAAUAAAUAGGCCUUACUUGAAGCAUUUUGUUGAAGUUUCUGAUUAUUGAAGCUUAAGUAAGUCCUAACAAACAUUUGAAUGAGAUUCAAAGUAAAAAGCUGCAUACAAUAUUUCUGGGGGUGUCAAUGCCUUUUUUUAUAUUUUAAUAUCACUUAUUUUUUAAGCAUUGAUAGGGGUCACUAUGUACCUAAAAAAAAAAAAAAGCUAUAAAAUGACAGAACCCUCUAAACCAGGCCUGCACAACUCAAAAUGUAAGACUGGCCUUAAUACUUCAUGAAAAGUGGGUCGAAAAGAAAAUAGGACAAUGGGUAAAGCUAUUAAGAAAAUAAUAAGGAAUACUUCGUUACUCCGUGGGCCGCAAAAUGGGAGCCUGCGGGCCACAUGUGGCCCGCAUGUUGUGCUAGCCUGCUCUAAACUAUCAAUGGAAGCUGCCAUUAAAAUGGAGAGAUGAGCACAAAAUUCAAGAAGCAAUCUGAUUAGCUGGUACAAAGACCAACCAGCCAUUCUCGGGGCUUGUGUUAUUUGUCUCUUUUGCCAUUCGACUCUGGGCCGAUAGAUCAGCCAAGCCAUCUCAAGACAGUUAAUAUAAGCACAAAUAUCCUGUGUUACAUUUUACCUCGGAGUCUUACCUGGUACAAUAAUUGUAGAUGUUCCUUUAGUCUGGUGAAUGUGGAGUAAGAAAUUAAAAGAAAUUAAAGUACUGGUAUGUAGGAACUCAAAGUUUUUGAUAAGCUGCUACGUGCUCUCUCUAAAUCUAUUUCAAUAGUUAAAUGUACCAUGAACAACUUUAAAAUCCAUCAUCCCCUAAAACUAUUUGAUUACUACGCUUACUUUAAGUCUUAAUUUUAAAGACUAGAUUAAAAUUAUAACUAAACAAAGUAAAUCCCUAAUCUGGGUUACCUGUACGACCAUUUUGUUAAGAGUAUGAACACCUUCGAGGGCCGUGUUGCAUGCCCCACUUGAAAGAACUCGCUCAAAGCCCAUGUUUAUGAUCUUGUCCAAGGAUGUAAAAAUGUUUCUGGUCAUGUCUAUAGCUGUAAAAAAAACAAAAGCAACCAUAACACAUCAUACAUACUUCAUUUUCAUUCAAACUGAAGGAAGCACUUGCAAGAAAAUGUUUUAGAAUUUAAAUUUUAGUAUGGAUGAACAAUUUCAGGGGGAGUAAUCAAAAAAAUAAUCUUACAGUGUAGUGGUCUUUGGUAUAAUUUCUGAGGAGUAGUGCAAUAUCUUAUCUUUAAUGUGUUAAUUAAAAUGGAUUCUUAAAUUAUUUUUCCCUCAUGGACACCUUUUCCAGUCAAAUGAUUAAUUAAUUAUUAAAUGCAUCUGAAUAAUAUGAUAAAAUUACAAAAGAAAUCCAGCUCAUGGACCCACCGACAUAAUUUCACUUAAGAAUCAGAGGCAAUUUAACAAAAAAUAAUUGACUGCUAUCUGUGAGAAUGUAGAAGGAUACAUAACUUAAUUACAUUACUAUAAAAGUUUAUAAUUAUAUCAAUUAUAAACUUAUACAAUUUUUGCCAACCAAAUUUCUGCAAGAGACAAUGGUAAAAUAUUUAUAGAUAGUCUAUGUAAAUCACAAGGUGUUUUAUUGGAAAAAUCAAAUCGUUUUUCAAAAAAAAAAAUCAUCACAAUUUUCUCCAAAUGUCAAAGCAUUACAACAUCAUAAAAAGCUAUUUUAUGUUUUCUAAGUUUAUUAACAACCUCUAAAUAACUCACCUCUAUGGAAUGUUGCAGGCAGGGGGCGUACAGCUUCUAUUAAAAAGUAAAUAAAAAGUUUAUAUCCUGAUGAAAAAAAACCAUCUCAUAAUGCUGCUAUUAUAAUGUAAAUGAAUUCUGACAGACCAGGGGCCAUCCAUAAAUGAUAUCACACAUUUCUGCUUAUUUUUAAAACACCUUAAACCUCAUUCCCCCCCCCCCCUCCCCAAUCCUCAUCAUGAAAAAUAUGUCACAAAAGUUAGACACUCUGAUAAAAGCAUAAUCACACAAUUUUUUAUGUUCCUCCUACCACUCCAAAGGUGUUUGAACAUAGUGAUGUCAUUUAUAGAUGGAUUCUUAGACCCAUUUUUAUUUUCAAUUGCAAGUUUUAAACUUGCCAACAUACUUAUAUAAUUAUAUAUAUUUACGAUACUGUUUAUCAUAAAGUAACUAAAUAGUAACACAUUUAUCAACGUGUAUAUUUUAGUACCUAAUAAUGCUUGACAUUCUGCAAUGUUAACUUCCCCAUCUCUGGAAAACAUCAAUAAAAAUAUAUUAGAAAUGACAAUAAUAUUAGUAUUUGCCUAUAAACAGGAAUUUAAACUGUAUAGGACAACAUAAUAAUAUAUCUUAAAAUCUUUAUCGUGAUAAUUAUUUAUUUCAAAAACAUUGUAGAAAAAAAAAAGCUAAAUAUAUAAGUUUUAUAUACAGAAAUCAAAAAGCUGUUCCAAAUUUGCAAAAAUCAAACCUUUUAUAACAUUUAACUAUACACAAAACAUUCCCAUCAUUGUUAAACAGAUUUUAAGACCAAUCAAAAAUGAAAUACCCACAAAUGUGUCACAAGAGAAAUACACAGUGACAUAAAAAUUAAAUGUAAAAGUCAGCUAGGCAUAAGCCAUCUAGUCUAUGCCUUAUUUUGAAAUAGUUCUCUUUACACAGGCAUGGCCUUCCUGUACAUCCAGAUCAAACAAAACUUUUUCUUUCUUCUGGCCUACUGAGAACUUUGUAUUUCCUUGUCAUUUUUUUAAUACUUUAAAUGAAAAUUCAGACUUUCUAGGAAAUAUGUAAAACAGGAUAUGGAAAAACCUGAAAAAAAAGGGGGCAACACGGCAAUUUCAGGAUGAUGGGCUGUUUUCGGCCCAAAAUGUGAAAAUGCAAAAAAACCUGGCCUGCUUCACUAUCACUAAUGCCUAAGGUUUUUAUAUGAUACUUUGAUGGUUGGUAGCAUAUUAUUUACUGCCUGUACAUCCAUCUCCCCUUGAACCAGUUAACAGAAAUAUGUUUACGGGAUGGAAACUGAAAAAAUGUGAGACAGUACAAUCGGCUCAUGGGGGCAAAAGGGAUAGUUUCACUAACAUUGUCAAGAUACCAAAUACAAAACCAUCCGCUCCAGCUAAUUUAAGGGCCUUGAUAUCUUCUUUCAUUACUUGUAAUUCAUCACAACUGUAACAAAAGUCACCUCCUCUUGGUCUGAUCAUGACAAAUAUAGGAAUAGACACACAUUGUUUUAUCACUUGCAGCAAACCUAUUAAAGAUGUAAGAAAAAUAUUUUUUAUGAUAAAUAAAUAGAAUUGCAUCAUCAAUCAAAGUAUAAUCAUAAUGUUGUAAAUUAUGUUGUAAAGUUAAAGGCAUUACAUUGGAUUCAUUGUGUGACAUCAAACAUCGAUUAAAUAGAAACAUAGUAAUAUCACAAAAACUAAACACCCUUCACUUGAAAAACUAAUUGAAGACAGAUGCUGUUGUAAAACUAAAAGAAUUUUGGAUGAUACAUCCCACCCACUUCAACGCAGAUACCUAAGAGCAGCAUGAUCGGGGCAAAUUCUUUCUUCACUAUCACUAAUGCCAAAGGUUUUUAAACAUGAUACUUUGAUGGUUGGUAGCAUAUUACUUAAUGCCUGUACAGCCAUCUCCCCUUGAACCACUUAACAGAAAACUGUUGUAAAAGAAUUUUGGAUGAUACAUCCCACCCACUUCAUCGCAGAUACCUAAGAGCAGCAUGAUCGGGGCAAAUUCUUUCUUCACUAUCACUAGUGACUGGGUGGCCAAAUGGUCUAAACUGAGCAAACCUCAAGUUGGUGGUCUGGUGUUCAAGUCCAGCCAAAGGCCAGUCAAGCAAAAACAUCACCCUACGUGGAUGAGACUCGUUAACCUUGGUCGGCAACUCAUCUAAGAGAAGGAAACUCUGAAUUCAAACCCGGAGUUGGAGUCCCGUAAGGCGCAAACAAUGACAAUUCCUGCAACCGAACCCAUCCCUGGUCGUCUUGACGUAGAGUCUUGCCAGUCAAUAUGGUGGGCUCGGACGAGAGAGUGAGGUAGACGCCGCGCAACUCUUCUUCACUUUAAACAAAGUUACCCGCGCAAGUCAUCAGUCUCCAGACGACUCGAUGGUCCUCGUCGAUCCUCGACGGACGAACAAUAAAAAAUAAAAACUUAAUGCCUGUACAGCCAUCUCCCCUUGAACCACUUAACAGAAAACUGUUGUAAAAGAAUUUUGGAUGAUACAUCCCACCCACUUCAUCGCAGAUACCUAAGAGCAGCAAGAUCGGGGCAAAUUCUUUCUCUUAAAGUUAGGACUGAACUUUAUAAAUAUUCUUUUCUUCCCCAGCCUGUACCAAUUUAACAGUGUGCACCCCCAGUGGUUACCAAGUCUAAAUGAUUGCCGACUAAGUCAUUAUUGUUGCAAAGUGAGUUCAUAGAAGGCUGCUUUCUAUGCUAGAGAAAUACUUUAGAUGUCUUGUGUUAAAAUUGUUAUAAUUGUAAAAUGUUGUCUUGGUUAAAAUAUGUACCGGUAUUUAUUUUUCAGCUGAAAAUGAAUAUGAACAUUUUUUUAAUCAAAAUGAAGUUCCAUUUAUUUGAAUUAAUAAAAUAAUAUUAUCUUAUCUUAUCAUACGAUUCAUAUAAAUAAAUUUUAAAAAAAUAUAUACCAAUGCUGGGUGUUGUCCCUCCUUCCAUCAAAUUAACACAAAGCUCUACUCGACAGGCCCCUGGUAAAAAAUAUUCAUUUCAGUUUGAUUUUGAAUCAUAAUAGUAACAGCAGCUUGAGAAAUAUAUAAUGAAUAAAAAAAUGCAAAAACAUUUGUAAAAGGCGUUAAGCUUCCAAAUGGAAGUAAUAAUAUAUAGGUAUGGCCAUUCUUAACAUUCAUUCUAUUUUUUUUUUUUAAAUUUUAUAAAUAUCACAGGGAACUGAAGUAGACGGCGGGUAUCAAUAGACCCGGAGUGUACCCUGGGUUUGAGCACUAGCGAGAUAAGGGGAGAAAUGAAUUUUCCAAGACACUUGGAUUUUAUACAGUUGUCUUUUCCAACCAUAAUGCAUCACACAUACAAUUGAAGUUUUAUAUCUGAACUACUCAUACUCACCCUCUAUAAUCUGAUUCACAAAUGAAAGGCUAUCAUUUUCAUUUGCUUUAUUUCCAGGCAUAUAGGACAGACAUUUUUUCUCCUCAAAAUACGGCUAAAAUAUAGGGUGAUCUUAUAGGUCGGUAAUGUAGAAACUUUUUUCCAUAAAAAAAGUAUAUAAAAGGAGGAUAGGGACAAGAUUUUAAAAAAAAUUGCCUUCACAAACUAAAGGAUUUAAAUUUAACAAUAACUAAAGAGAUGUUUAAGCUUGUUUUGCUUAAGAUAAUUAUUUUAUAUUUGGCUCAAUUUCUGAUAGAGCAACUCAAAGUUCACCAUCAAUGUCUUUUAAGCAUUUUAUUAAAACAAGAGUAGAAAAUUUUUUUCACAUAAUUAAGUGGUUGCAAAUUGUAGCAAAAUGCAAAAGCCUCAUUAGAAAUUCUAGGAUAUUCUUUCUUGAGUAAAACCUAGAAAAUUGCCAAUGGAACUUCAGUGAACAUUAUUUUUUAGUAUUCCGUCAUCCCUCAAUUCCAGAAAUUCCCCUUGAACCUGAAGGGAGACCUCUUCUGUAUAAUUUCAAGUGUAUAAGGCAAAAGGAUUUCAUAUCUAAUUGUGUUGCUCUGAAUUUACAGUAUAAAAGUAUAGGGUCAAAUUUUUACAACAUCAAUGUUAGAUGUUGUUGUAGCAAUAUUUGUUAGAUGUUGCUGCUCCAAGUCCAAAAUGCUUUGCACUUUGCGAUAGCGGUCAAGUUGGUUUAUUGGUACAUCUCUAAAGAUGCUUGGUGCAACUUUGUUUGCUAGAGUUCAUGUUUCUGUUUGAAACUGUUUAAUUUAUCUAAACAUGUAAGUAGUAAAUUCUCAUGCUGACCUUGCAUUUUUCUUCGUAGUUCAUUCAGAUGCUCAAACAUGUCAGCCAUGCAUGGAAGUUUUGCCACCCAGUGUUAUCUUCCAGAAAUGUUGAAGUUUGAGCAGGUUUUGAUUAAAAAGAAAUGGACUAACCUCAUGGCAUAGCUCAAACUUUGCUGGCUGUGAGAACCUCACCAUGGGAAAGUCGACAAAUAUUGAGGUGAAAUAAUAAGGCUUUAUAUCCUUGUCCUGUUUCUUCACAAGUAUUUCAAAAAUUUGUGAAUUUAGGGCCUUUGUUUUACGAUGCUCAUCCAUUUGCUCAUCGUUUGAAAUGGUUCAUCUGGCAAAGUUUUGACCACCAUAGCCUCUCGAUGAAUGCAACAAUAGAUGUUGUCUUUUGACACAUGAAACAAAUCCUGUUUUAUUACCCAUCAUUGCUGCAGCAUAAUCCCUGCAAACACCAACAAAAUUAUUCCAUUCAAUUUUAUAGGUUUUGAAAAAUUCGUAAGUUACUCAAAAGAUUUCCUCACCAGUAGUCUGAGCUGUAAGUUCUCUGCUAAACAAAUGAUGUUCUUUUAUGGUAUCCUCAUCAACAAAAUGUACAAUAUUUAUUACCUGUGCUUGCUUUUUAAUAUCCAUUGUCUCAUCCAUUUGGAGUCAAAAUUUCUCACUCUUUUUAAUUUAUUAAUAAGUGUUUCCAAAAUAUAACCUGACAUGUAGUCAAUGCUUUCUCUACUUCCUUAGCAUUUAAUUCUUUUGCUGCCCUCUUGGAUACUACUUCUCAGCUAAGUGCUAUUUUUAAAUUUUUUUUUUAUUCUGUUUUUUCUGUUGUUUGUUGGCUGAUGAAGGCUUCCUGCGGACACGUUCGUUGUUUUUUUGCAUUCCUUGUUUCACGUUUGACCAUACUUUGUUUUACUUAUUUCCUAUUUUGCUAAUCUGAUUGCAGUCUCUCCCCUAUUUAACAAAUUAGCAUUAUUAGGCCCAAGUAUUACCGGUAUUCCAAUGAUGAAGUGUUUCACCAAAAGCAUGUUUUUCUUUCUGAUGUGCUAUUUAUCUUUAAACUUUAUAACUCGCUUCUAAUUCUAACACCUUUUCAGAAAAUGUGAGAGACGAUUUAAUUUUUUGCCUUUGCUUAAGAUUUUGACUUAAAUUCAUUGAAUAUAUUCUAAAUCUUUGUUGGCAAAAUAUUAAUGUUUUGAUUUUAGAUGGCAAAUAAGUUUGCUAGAGACCAUCACUUUGUUAGAAAACUGUUCAUUGCAAAAUACACACUCAGGUUUUGGAGCCAAUUCAUCACAACACCACGAAAAUUCAUUUUGAAUAUAUUCACUUUGGUAUUGUCUUUCACAAUUUUCAUUUUUUUUUUUACACAACUGCUUGUAUCCAUGUUUAAAGAGGUAAAUUUUAGAAUUAAUUAAAAUAACACUGGAUUGUUAAUUAAACACAAUGAUACAUUCCGAUUCAAACAAACAAACAAAAUAUUCUUUUGAUACAAAAAAGCAGCCACUAACAAUUUACUUAUGACAUUCAUAUUGCUACGUACCAUUAUGGUUUUGAAGAUUUAAUCUGUGUUAAGAUUUAACUCAUAGAAUAAACAAUAUAUUAUGUAACAAAGGACUGAGAAAAACAGUAUGGAAAGAAAUAAUACCAAACUAGUGAUACUAACAAUAUUCAAUUUAAUUAUAAUUAUACGAAUAAAUAUCUAUACUAAUUCAUAUUAAAAUACAGAAACAAAAAAAAAAAACUAUAUCAACAUAGAACAAGUGAAAAAGGUACACUCCUAAAAAUAUACAUAUAAAUUUACAUACACAAUUGAUACAUCGUCUUGUAUAUGCUAAGAAACAUAGCAAAAAUUUCUCUCUCGCUCUAUCUCUCUCUGUCUAUCUGCUAAGGAAGCAGACAGCCUAUUUAUAGGAUUAAAAUCAGAACAUUCUAGAAAUUGCGCCACUUAAAGGGAUUCUUUAGAAUGAAUAGAGCAAAUCAGAAUAUAAACAACCUUUUCCCAACCAAGGGAGGGGUGGAUAUGGGAUGACACAGCACAUUUACUCAGUGACGUCAAUAUGAAAGGCUGACAAGUGUGAUGGCUAAAAUCAACUCAGUUUUUUUUUAGAGAAAAAUAGGCUAAGCCCUAUGCUAAACUAGGCAAUAUAAUAUAUAACAAUAUAAACUAUAUAUAACAAUAUGCAGAGCUACCAUAAUUAUUUCAAUGACAAAUUUAAAAAAAGCUCACAAACAUAUCUUUUUUCUUCUUCUUUUCUUCGGAUGGAGGCAGUGUCAGGGGAUGCGGACCCCGCCCCCCCCCCCACCCUCCAAAAUCAGGUUUGUUUACAUUUUCAAUUCAAUGUUAAUAGUAUUUUUAAUCAUGGGGAUGGGAGAAUCUUUUGAAAUCAAGAGGGGGGGGGGGGGGGAAGGGGAAAUAUUUUGAAAUGAAUAAUGAAAAGGGGUGGGGGGGCGGUAAAAUCCUCCAAAAUCAGGUUUGUUUACAUUUUCAAUUCAAUGUUAAUAGUAUUUUUAAUCAUGGGGAUGGGAGAAUCUUUUGAAAUCAAGAGGGGGGGGGGAGGAAUGGGAAAUAUUUUGAAAUGAAUAAUGAACAGGGGUUGCGGGGCUGUAAAAAUUAAUAGCCACUAUUUCACUCAUCACUGUCCCUAAGUGGACUAUCACUAGUUCUAAGUCUGACUAAUUAACUACACUACACUACUAAACCAAGUCAAUCAACACUACACUGACUUUUAAAGACUACAGUAUCUACAGUAACUAGCAGGGUUCCAACAAAACUAAAUUCCUUACUUUUUCCCAGCUUUUCCCAACUGAAAAAUGAAAAUUCCUGACUAUAUAAAAUCUGGCUUUAUCUACAUUAUUGCGAUCGAUUUUCAAGCUUUUUCUUAAAAAAUUUACAUUCAUAAUCCUGGUACAUAUUUUAAAUAUAAUGCCAUCUUCAAUAAAAUAAAUAAACUUUACAAAACAAUUUAAUAUAAUAAUAUUUUUACUAACCAAUUAACUUUCCAAUGUCUGGACUUGAUAAUAUACAGGAAUGCAUCCAUAAUAUCAUAAAAAAUAUACAGUCAUUUUACAUAAUUCAAUGCAUGUAUACUUUAUAAUUAUUUAAACAUCUAUUGAUGUGGACAUGCUAAAAUGAAAUCAGAUUAUUUCAAAUAAUGAAAUGAUGUACACUAAAAUAAAUACAAAAGAUGAAAAAUAUGUUAACAAUGUUAUAUGGAGGAUGAUUAAUUGUAAUGUAUUUGUAAGGGAUGUUACUAAAUGCUAUUAAAGGUUUCUUAAAAACUUCAUCUUUUCCUCACUCUCAACAUUGAUAUAAUUUGCGAGCUGUUGCCUCUUUUCUUUUGCCUUGACUGUGAUCGCAUUAGCUUUAGAAAGAUGAGGAAAGCUUUGCAAAGUCUCAGCUUUCUCUGCAGUUUUGUCUGCUUCUUCUGUCAAAAAUUCAAUCUCUUUUUCCAGCUUCUGUUUUUUUAAUUUCAAUCCAUCUAUGUCUGUCUCUGCCAACUUUCUUUUUGAACACUUUUGCCUCUUCUCUUCCUCUGUUGUUUGCUGUCUAAAUAAUCACCAUAAAGCUUUCUUCCUUGUUGAGCGGCAGUCUGGACUUCUUGUGUCACAACAAUAUUAGCAAGGCCUCCCACAUGUUCAAGAUGUUCUUUUAUUAUGUGUUUGCUUAUUAAAACCUUCUCAGAUAUGUUUGUGUGGUAUCUCUGUUUACUGAAAAUCCAUGUUCAACAAUUGCCUGCCCAUGUGACAGAAGCAAUAAAACAUUAAUAAUUGGCCACAGCUUGGUAAACUUUUCUUUUCCAUUUAAUAAUGAAUAAUAAUAAUACAGACAAUCCUUCUUCCUUCAGCUUUACUGAAUGUUGAUAUUUCCUGGGAAUGCCUGUAACACCCCAGGAAGUCUCUAGUAACUCUAGUAUAAUACGAGACACAGACUUAGACAUAAUAAGCCCUCUCGAAAGUUUUUCUAAAUCCUUGCUAUGAAAGGCAACAUUGGCUUGUCACCUUUAUAUAUAAUAUAGUUAAGAAAACAGAAACACUCUAUAGUCUAUAGGUCUUGCAAGACUUAUUUAAAAGUUUAAAAGCAAGUCUUGUCCUUGAAUUAGUAUUUAUCCACUCUCUAUUUCUAGUUACGGUAAACACUCAAACAGUAACAGACAGUCAAAGUCCUGCAUUACUAAGUAAGGCAAGUUACUUAUUAUAUGAGUUAAAUUAAUUUGUUUUAAAAUUACACUUAGGCAGCCCACCCCCUUUUUCUGCAUUAACUGCCGAUUGCACCGAAUCCGCGCAUACUUCCAUUUCCC